AUGACUUCAGGUUUACCUGUUAACCCAUAUGACAAACCCAAUGACUCUUGGGAUUCUUUGACUUACAAAAGGCCUACAAGUGUAAUUAACUCGGUGCUUAAUGCUGCCUUGGACUCAAUAUUCAGUUACAAAACAGUAUCAGACCCAGAUUUGCUUGAUUCAGACUUGAAGCUGCCGCUAGUCAGGCGUGAUUCCCUAUUCUUUAAAGAAUUGGAGAUAAGAAAUGGCGCUGGACUUACUGCUCUUGGUUAUCAUCAGACUAAGAGCGGGCUUUCUGGGAUUAUAGCACCAGGAUAUGCGUUGAAGUAUUUUUUGAGUACUUUCAAAACGGAGUACGAAAGUAGCGCGAGAUUCGUGUUCAAUAUUGGCGCUUUGGACUACGACGAGAAUAAUGGAGUGCUUACUAACGAGCAUGCGACAGUUCUUAAUAUAUCUGCGAGCUUGGGUAUUCCGGUUAUUAUGCCUUUAUCAGUGUGGGAAGUAUCUGCAACUACACAGUUGGCGGUAGCAGUAGCAAAAUACGGGAACGGUAUAGGAGCAAUGCACCUAUUUGAUGGUGCAAUGUUUUCCAAGUCAAUUGUAAGAUUUGGUCAGAGUGUAGACCUAAUCACACCAGAAGCUUUGAAACUUGAGUCUAAUGUAUCGAUUGACAAAAUUAUCGAUGCCUUUAAUAAAAAUUCUAAGAUCAGGCUCAGCAGGAUUGAUUAUUUUGGGGACAGUACCCCACAAACUGUAUUUGUUGCCAAUUCUACAGAAGUGGACCUAUUAUCCAAAGUAAUUGAUCAGUAUGAAAUAGCUGCAGGAUUAAUUGGUGUCAGGAUUCCAGUUCCUUUUGAUACAGACAAGUUUUUGGCCCUGAUACCAUCUACCGUCAAAAAUAUUGUUAUUAUUGGUCAAGCACUUGGUACUUCUUCAUCCUGUUACCUAAAGCCAUUUGUUUCUGCAUCAUUAUUUUAUGCAGGGAGAAGAGAUAUCAAAGUAUCUGAAUAUACAUUCAGACCAGACUUCUUAUGGUCCCAACAAACAGCUGCACAGGUUAUCAAAAAGUAUAUCUCUAUACCAGAACUCAAGAAACCAACAAAAGUCAAAGAUUUCGCCUUCUGGUGUUUGGAUAAGACUCCCGAAUUUCAUUUUGCAGAUGUAAUAGCACAUAACUUGUCCUUAGAGAGGGACUUAGCUAUUACCUAUAGAACGAAAUUUGACAAUAUUAGCAAAGCCGGAAUAUUCUAUGCUCAGUUAUCUACAUACCCAAUCAAUGAGCGCCAGCCUAUUAGCAAUAUUGGGGAAGCAUCCGUAGCUGUGGUAGGUGAUCCUAGCAUAUUAUCUGUUUUCAAUGUAGCCUCCAGCGUACAAUCGAACGGUACGAUUAUAAUUGGCACCGGAGGUAUAACCCUGGCGCCGUUCAAUGCGGAAGAAGUCGAUGCAUUCAAACAAAGCCUAAAUCUUCCACAGGAGAUAUGGGAAACUAUUUAUGAUAAGAAAAUAAGGUUAGCCUUUGUGGACUAUAAAUCUAUAAGCGAUGACAGUAUUACUAAAGACAUUUUAUUGUCUGAUGUGUUGCAAGCUGUAUUUUGGAAGUAUGCAUAUGAUUACAGAAACGAUCAAAUCAUAGAAAGCCUAGCAAGGAUAUCUGAACCAAGUAAAACUGUCACUGAUGAUAUUAUUUCCCAUAUAUUUGUUAAUGGUAUUGUAGAGAUACCCGAAACUUCGUUGUUUAUAACAAAACCAGAACAUGUUGCGGAAGAACAGGAAGAACAAGAAGAUAUUAUUGCAGAGACAUUAAAACACCACCUUUUGGAGACAUCUUUUGGACCAAAUAUAGAUCCUCUUACUAUUGAUAAUGAUAUUGAGACAAGGACCAGAUCUUCCAUUGCAAAGCAUUUAGUAUUUGAAGAAGUAUACCAAACCUCUUAUGCUCUGCGGCCCGACUUACCAAUUAACAACUACAUCCUUAAGGUUAAAGAAAACAAAAGAAUCACUCCCAUUGAAUAUAACAGAAAUAUCUUUCAGAUUGAAUUUGAUAUUUCUGGCACCGGCUUAACUUAUACCAUUGGAGAAGCCUUGGGUGUACAUGCUCCGAAUAACAGAGCUGAUGUUCUGCGGUUCCUAGAAUUCUACGGGUUGGAUGAAAACGAGAUUAUUGCAAUCCCAGCAGCGACGGAUCCAACAUACGUGGAGAACACGACUGUGUUUAAUGUUUUUAGUGACAGACUAGAUAUAUUUGGAAAGCCUCCAAAGAAGUUCUAUGAAUCGUUAGUUGAGUUUGCGAAGGAUGAAACUGAUAAACGCAGAUUACAGGAUUUGAUAUCUCCAGCAGGUGCCUCACAGUUAAAGGCAUACCAGGAUGAGGAAUAUUAUACUUAUUUUGAUGUCUUAGAGCUCUUUCCAUCUGUUAGACCGCCACUAUCAGACCUAAUUCAGUUAAUAUCACCUUUAAAAAGAAGAGAAUACUCCAUUGCUUCUUCCCAAAAGGUUCAUACAAAUGAAUUACAUCUUUUAGUGGUUGUUGUUGACUGGAUCGAUAAAAGGGGAAGGAAGAGAUAUGGCCAAGCAUCUAAAUUCCUUGCUGAUCUAGCUGUUGGUGGCGAACUAGUUGUAAGCGUUAAACCUUCAGUAAUGAAGUUGCCACCAUUGACCGAACAGCCAAUUAUAAUGGCAGGGUUGGGGACUGGACUAGCACCUUUUAAGGCAAUUGUCGAAGAAAAAGCAUGGCAAAAACAGCAAGGGUUUCAGAUUGGCAAAAUAUACUUGUUUUUAGGAUCAAGGCAUAAGCGUGAGGAAUACCUUUAUGGCGAGCAUUGGGAGGCAUAUAAAAAGGCAGGUAUAAUAACCCAUAUAGGUGCAGCAUUCUCUCGAGAUCAACCAGAGAAAAUAUAUAUCCAAGAUCGUAUCAGGGAAGUUUUAGAUGAUUUAAGGAUCGCUAUGGCUGAGAAUGAAGGAUAUUUUUAUUUGUGUGGACCAACAUGGCCAGUUCCUGAUAUAACCCAGGUUCUAAAAGACAUAAUUGAAGCUGACGCUAAAAUUAAGAAUAUUGAAAUAAACUUGGAAGCAGCGAUUGAAGACCUUAAGGAAUCAUCUCGGUAUAUUCUAGAGGUUUAUUGA